CCGAGAAUCCCUGCGCGCGCUGGGUCACCGAGCCCGUUAACACGCGGUGCUGAGAGUGUGAUCCGGAGUUUGAGCUGCUGCUUCCGAGUUUGAGCUGCUGGUGCGGCAGUCUACGCGAUGCCCAAGGCCAAGGGAAAGACUCGGAGGCAGAAGUUCGGUUACAAUGUCAACCGAAAGCGUCUGAACCGGAAUGCUCGUCGGAAGGCUGCGCCACGGAUCGAGUGCUCCCACAUCCGACAUGCCUGGGACCACACCAAAUCCGUGCGGCAGAACCUGGCGGAGAUGGGGUUGGCCGUGGACCCCAACAAGGCGGUUCCCCUCCGUAAGAGGAAGGUAAAGGCCAUGGAGGUAGACACGGAGGGGAGACCCAAGGACCUUGUGCGGAAGCCCUAUGUGCUGAAUGACCUGGAAGCAGAGGCCAGCCUCCCAGAGAAGAAAGGAAAUACCUUAUCUCGGGACCUCAUUGAAUAUGUUCAUUACAUGGUGGAGAAUCAUGGGGAGGACUAUAAGGCUAUGGCCCGGGAUGAGAAGAAUUACUAUCAAGAUACACCAAAGCAGAUUCGGAAUAAGAUCAAUGUUUAUAAGCGCUUUUAUCCAACAGAGUGGCAAACCUUCAUCGAUUCUUUGCAAAAUAAGAAGAUGGAGGUUGACUGAGUGGUGGGCACCCCCAUACUUAGGUCUACUGGACCAAAGAAACCAAAGCCAGGUUUUAUGGCAAGGAGUAUAUUGUUUCAGACGAUGCUGGCAAAGUCCUAUAGAAUCAGGCUUUAUAUACACACACACAUAUAUACACUCGUGAGAAGAAACUUUUUUUCUUUUUUCUUUUUUUCUUUUUGAGAGAAAGAGGGUCUUUCUAAUAGCUGUAGAUGACCUGGAACUCAACUUUGUAGGCUGGGCUGGCCUCAAACCCAGAGAUCAACCUGCAUUUGCUCCUAGUGCUGGGAUUAAGGGGAAAGUUGUGCCCCUACACCUAGCUGGAGAAGGAACUCUUUAGGGGCCAUGGCUUAUGCUCUCUUGGGCUCAGAAAGGCCAGGGCUUGCUGCUCAGUGUCCAGAGGUGAUGCUUUGAUUGUGAUCUGUACAUGUAAAGAGCAUUUUACCUGUGUAAUGGGGUUUCUGCUAUUUUGAGACAGGGUUUCUCUGUAGCCCUGACUGGGAUUAAAGUCAUGUGCCACCA